AUGCCAAAGCUAACGGUCGGCGUUCUCCUCUUUGACGGCUACACCAUCAUGGACGUUGCCGGACCUUUGCAGCUCUUCGACAUGCUGCCGGACGUGUUUGAUACCGUCACGAUCUCUCAGCACAGAGGCACGAUGUGGACCAACCCGCCGAUGGCUGGCACGCCGAUGGUGGCCUCGCACAGCUUCGAGUCGGCGCCGCGCAUUGACAUCCUCUUGCUCCCUGGUGGCCUUGGCACGGACGUAUUUGCCAAAGACCCGGCAUACCUCGCCUUUGUCCGCGCCCGUGCGGAAUCUGCAACGUUCAUUCUGAGCGUUUGCACGGGCUCGAGCUUCCUCGCAGCGUCGGGGCUUCUCGACGGGAAGCGUGCGACGACCAACAAGCUCGCCUUCCAGCACAUCCAGAGUUUCGGCUCGAGCGCCAUCCAGUGGGUAAAGCAAGCGCGCUGGGUCGUUGACGGCAACAUUUGGACGAGCUCUGGCGUCACGGCGGGCAUUGAUAUGGCAGCGGCGUUCUUGACGACAUUGGUUGGGACGGAGAGAGUCAAGCCGAUCCUGGAGGUCAUCGAGUAUGUGCCCAGCACAAACGAGUCGCACGAUCCAUUCUCGUACCUCACCGAGCACGACCACUGGGCGGCGAUCACCCAGGCGCCGUAA